GCGCCUAGCUCCUCCACAGCUAGCUGCCUAGCUCUUCUCCUCCAUCACAACAAAGAUGGUAGGCAAGCCACAGCACCAUCACCAUGGCUCCUCCUCCCUUGGGGCAGAGGAGCUGAACCUCUUGCACAUGGCCAGGGGAUCCCCGGACGGUGGCGGCCGCGGUGGUGGCGAGAGCCGGGGCGCGCUGGGCCAGUGGAAGUGCAGGCUGCUGGGCUCCCUGGGCGGCCUCCUCCCACGGCGCGCGCGCUGCGUGGUGUGCCUGCAGGUGCAGCACGUGACCGGCCUUCCCCCGGCGGCGGAGGGGCGCGGCGUGGUGGUGGGGUGGCGGAGCAAGGGCGGCGAGGGGGAGCACACGGCGCCGGCGCGGGUGGCGCGGGGCGCCGCCGCGUUCGACGAGGUGUUCCUGCACCACUUCAGCGCCGGCGGCGCCACGCUGCGGAGCUUCACCGUGUGGGCCGCGCUCCUGGACUCGCCCGCCAACGGGGAUCUCGGCGCGUUCCCCGUCGACCUCACCGAGGUCGCCGCAGCGGAGACCUUCAACCCCAAGUUCGGAGGCAAGGUGCUCAGCUUCCCGCUCGGCGGGGCGGCGGCCGGUGCGGUGCUCACCGUCAGCAUCUACUGUAGAGUGAUGGAGCCCGAGGAGAGCCAUGGAGCGAAUGGCCAUGCACGAGAGAAGAUGAAGAACAAGGGCAAGGGCUCGUACGCCUCCUGCCUGCCGGACCUGAGCUGCCUCCGCAACCGGCAGGUGGCGGCGGCGUCCGGAUCGGCGCGCCGUGCGACGUCCAUCCGCUCCGACCGCGGCGGCUUCAUCACGAUCGAGAACUCGGUGGCGGAGAUGGACGGCGAUGGCGCCGGCGGGGCGGCGGCGUUCCGCGUGGCGGAGGACGUGGACGAGGAAGGCGCGGGGUUCAUCACGAUGGAGAAGGGCACGGUGUCGUCGCGGUCGAGGCGGCCGCCGCUGCCGGAUGCGGUGUCGUCGUCGGCCGACGAGGAGGACGAGAAGCCGUGCCUGUUCAUGGAGCUGUCCGAGGAGGCCGCCUCGGUGGCGUCGGCGUUCGACGUGGACAAGGUGGAGGACGAGUUCCUGGCGAUGCUGGAGGACAAGUACUGGGCGCGGAGCAAGGAGAUCGAGAAGGGGCUGAGCGUGAGCCUGGACAUCGGGCUGGACCUGGGCCUGGACCUGGACUCGCUCAUCAAGGACGCCGAGAUGGAGCUCGCCAAGGCGGAGCAGCGUGGAAAGAGCAAGGUCGGCGCCGCCAUCGUGGAGGAGGAGGAGUACAAGAGCUCGUCCGGAGUGGAGCGCCAGGGAGACCACUAUGAACUCCCACUCUGCCGCUUCCACCGGAUGCUCCUGGGGCUUUGGCAUUCGGAGAGCCCAAUAUAAUCUGAGAGAGCUAGUUACCCCCACCUCGAUUAUUAAUUUUUCGGUGUACUCAUGUUUACUGUCACAUGAAUAUGUUGAUUCAGAAAUGUAUUGCAAUUUGCCUGCUGUAACAUUGGUAAAAAGGACAAAAGAGAAAUCAUAAACUGGAUCACAUCGUCAUGUUGGUUCUUCAA